UGCUGCUUCUCGCGGGUUGAGCCGUACAAGCCAAAGAAGACGGCGAAGAAGAAGGAAGGCAAGGGCGGGACGAGGCCGCUGUUUGCUGCUUCCCCCUGUCCAAACAAAGAAAUCCCAAAGGCAGAUGGCCGUGGUCCCCGCCAGCGAGCAGCUACUGCCGCGGGCAGGCGAGGCCAGAGAGCGAAGGAAAAGCGACGACUUCAGAAGGGCAAGAGACGGGGCCAAGAGGAGAAGGCGGGCGUAACGGUGAAGAAGACAUCGAGUGGCAGCAAGCGGCGGUGGGAUAAGAAACAUUACUGCGUGUUCUGUCGGCGCCCGCAAGUGAAGAUCGCUCGCCACCUGCUCAGGAAACACGCCGAUGAGAAGGACGUGAUGGCCGCCGGCGUACUGCCUACGGGCUCCAAAGAGCGCCACCUGCUGCUGGAGCAGCUGCGGUGCCGAGGCAACUACCAGCACAAUAUCGAGGUGAUCAGACAGGGCAGCGGGGAGAUCGUCCCGUGGCGUCGGCCCUCACAGGAAGUUGAUGCCAGGAACUACCUUCCGUGCCCGGGCUGCCUCGGCUUCUUCCUGCGUGCUGACCUCUGGAAGCACCAGGCCUCAUGUCGUAGGAAAAUGGCCUCCGAUCCCGCUAAAGAUUCGAGUCACCCUACGGCGGACCCAUCAAAGGACUCCUCCUCUGAUCCAACAAGCGAGGGCGGCGCUAACUCCCCAGAAGACCCUGCUCCUCCACAUUCCGGUGAGAGCUCGAGAUCGAAGCAGCUCGGGGCUUCUGAUACGGAACCUCCCAGGAAGCGCCGCAGAGUCCAGGCUGCCGCGUCCCGCCUGCUUCCCAUUUCCAGCGGAGCCUCCGAGAGCUGCAGCGAGGUCCUGCACCGCAUGAACCGGGACCACGUCUCACACCAGGUGAAAUCUGAUUGGUUGAUCUGUAAGUAUGGGAACACACUGAUGGGGAACCAAGACGGCAGCCAAAUGAGGUAUGAAUACGUCAGUCAGAAGCUGAGGAAGCUUGGCAAGCUCCUCCUGGCUGCCAAAUCUUUGGACUCCGCCAUUCAGAACCUCCAUGACCUCUUGGCUCCAGGAUGCCUCAGCCUGGCGCUGGCCGCCGCCAGGAAGGCAUCGGGUUACCGGUGCAGCUGCCUCCCACGGUCGGUGAAGACUUUGCUGAAGGCUGUGUGCGAGAUUGCUAUACGGGAGAGCCUUCAAAAUGGCGAUGCGGCGACUGCAGCCAGGACCGACGAGUUUUAUCACCUCUUAGGGAGGGACUGGGACAACCUGAGGCUGUCGACCACUAAGCCAGCCGCUGAAGAGGAAAAGAGGCAAUCGGUCCAACCGAGAGGUGAAAAAAAGUACCAGGGUGAAGGCCCAGGUGACGAGAACUCUGACCUUCGACCACCGAUGCUGUCAAAGGGCGCAAGCACAACGAUGGAGUCCACACUGCAGCCUGCUGCGACAGCCCCUUCCGCGCCCAGGAAGGUCCAUCGUCGUCCAUGGUCGUCGGCGGAGAAAGAGGCUGUCUGGAGACAGCUGGGAGUCCACGUGUUGGUCCAGACCGUGCCAGGCAAGGAGGUCUGUGAGCGAUGUCUGGACCUGGAGCCUGUCCUUAGGGGACGGCACUGGAAAGACAUCAAGAACCAAGUUCACAACCAGAUCCAGAGCCAAAAGAAACAGCAGUUCCAUGCUCAGAUCGAGCUUCUGGAGAACCAGGUUCAGCAAGACCUGGCCCGAGACCAAAAGAUGCAACAGCAGAGUCAUAUGAACCUACAGUCCAAAGACCUCGUCCAAAGCCUAAACAAACAACAGUGUCCUCCCCAGUUGGAUCUGGGGCAGCAAAUCUCCAAUCACGUCAAACACAAAUGCCAACCUCAAGUGGACGGACAAGCCCAGGACUACAAUAAGAAUAAACCGCAGUGUCAGGCUCAAAUGGACCACCAACACCAUAUGCAGGCACACGAGAAGGAUCAGUACCAUGCCAGACUAGAUUACCAGGAACCCGUUCACGCCCACAAGAAACACCUUUACCACGUGGAUCAGCAGAACCACAGACUGCAGAUGAGUCUGAAGAGGGACACUUUCACGCUCAGCGAUAACUUCUUGGGACCCGAUGGCCCAGAAGAGUUUGUGGAUAGGGACUCGGCCAUUAGUCCUUAUGAACUCGGAAGAACCACAGGGCCCAACGUGGACCAGAUAUUGUCUGGACGCACAUGGGCAGAUGAAUGUCUCGGGCAGAAUUACGCCGUCAGCAGACCUCGGGCCAAGAACCUCCUCCAGGAGGCAGGUGCCGGAACAGCCAAUCCACAUUCUGGAUUUAUCCGUUACUGA